AUGACAUCUGUUGUGUCACAUGGAUGGAUAAGCAACAUUAAGUUACAGUGUUACGUAUCAAAAUCGUCACAACAACGUGAGUAUUAUGUUGUAGCAAAGUGGCAAUUACGUAUCAUCAAUGUUGCAGCAACAUGGCAAUUUCGUAUCAUCAAUGUUGCAGCAACGUGCCAACUACGUAUCAUCAAUGUUGUAGCAACGUGGCAGCUACGUAUCAUCAUAUUGCAGCAACAUGGCAAUUACGUAUCAUCAAUGUUGCAGCAACAUGGUAAUUACGUAUCAUCAAUGUUGCAGCAACGUGCCAACUACGUAUCAUCAAUGUUGCAGCAACGUUGA